CGUUUUCGCGCCAGGGGAGGAGUCAAUCGCACCUUCUUGAUUGGUCAGGGUGUGAUCGAAGAACUAGACUCCAUUCUGCCGCCUGGAAGCAUGGCUGCUACCACCGUGAUUGACGAUGUUGAGCUCCGGGAGGCUCAAAGAGAUUACUUGGACUUCCUGGACGAUGAGGAAGACCAGGGAAUUUAUCAGAGCAAAGUUCGAGAGCUGAUUAGUGAUAACCAGCAUCGUCUGAUUGUAAAUGUGAAUGAUCUACGUCGAAAGAAUGAGAAAAGAGCUAUCCGGCUUCUUAAUAAUGCUUUUGAGGAACUCUUCGCCUUCCAGCGUGCCUUGAAAGAUUUUGUGGCCUCCAUUGAUGCUACUUAUGCUAAACAGUAUGAGGAAUUCUACAUUGGUUUGGAGGGGAGCUUUGGUUCCAAGCACGUUUCUCCUCGGACCCUUACCUCCUGCUUCCUCAGUUGUAUCGUCUGUGUGGAGGGCAUCGUCACCAAAUGUUCUCUGAUUCGUCCCAAGGUUGUCCGCAGUGUCCACUAUUGUCCUGCCACCAAGAAGACCCUAGAGAGAAACUACACUGAUCUCACCACACUGGUGGCCUUUCCUUCCAGCUCUGUCUAUCCCACCAAGGAUGAAGAGAAUAAUCCUCUGGAGACGGAAUAUGGUCUUUCAGUAUAUAAAGACCACCAGACCAUCACUAUCCAGGAAAUGCCUGAGAAGGCCCCCGCUGGUCAACUGCCUCGCUCUGUGGAUGUUAUCCUGGAUGAUGAUCUAGUAGAUAAAGUAAAACCAGGUGAUAGGAUUCAAGUGGUGGGGACUUACCGUUGUCUCCCAGGAAAGAAAGGAGGAUACACUUCAGGCACAUUCAGGACUAUUCUGAUUGCCUGCCAUGUAAAACUUAUGAGCAAGGAGGUUCAGCCUUUGUUUUCUGCUGAAGAUGUAGCCAAGAUUAAGAAGUUCAGCAAAUCUCGCUCUAAGGAUAUCUUUGAUCAGUUGUCUCGGUCAUUGGCUCCCAGCAUCCACGGACAUGAGUACAUCAAGAAAGCAAUCCUGUGCAUGCUCCUUGGAGGAGUUGAGAAGGUCCUAGAGAAUGGGAGUCGCAUCCGAGGGGACAUCAAUGUUCUUCUGAUAGGAGACCCAUCAGUUGCCAAAUCUCAGCUUCUGCGUUAUGUACUCUGCACAGCUCCCCGGGCAAUCCCCACCACUGGCCGGGGGUCUUCUGGGGUUGGUCUGACAGCUGCUGUCACCACAGACCAAGAGACAGGGGAACGCCGCUUGGAAGCAGGGGCCAUGGUGCUGGCCGACCGAGGGGUUGUCUGCAUUGAUGAAUUUGACAAGAUGUCUGACAUUGACCGUACAGCCAUCCAUGAGGUGAUGGAGCAGGGCAGAGUCACAAUCUCCAAGGCCGGCAUCCAUGCUCGCUUGAAUGCCCGCUGCAGUGUGCUGGCAGCUGCUAACCCCGUCUAUGGCAGGUAUGACCAGUACAAGACACCCAUGGAGAACAUUGGACUGCAGGAUUCUUUACUGUCCCGAUUUGACUUGCUUUUCAUCAUGCUGGAUCAGAUGGAUCCUGAGCAGGAUCGGGAGAUCUCAGACCACGUUCUCAGGAUGCACAGAUAUCGGGCAGCGGGGGAGCAGGAUGGUGAUGCCAUGCCUUUGGGUAGCGCUGUGGAUAUCCUUGCAACAGAUGAUCCCAACUUUAUCCUGGAGGAUCAGCAGGAGACACCAAUUUAUGAAAAGCAUGACAACCUCCUUCAUGGAACCAAGAGGAAAAAGGAGAAGACAGUGAGUGCAGCCUUCAUGAAGAAGUACAUUCAUGUGGCCAAAAUCAUCAAACCUGUCCUGACACAGGAGGCAGCCAGCCACAUUGCUGAUGAGUAUUCACGCCUACGCAGCCAGGACAGCAUGAGCUCUGAUGUUGCCAGGACAUCUCCAGUCACAGCCCGGACACUGGAAACUCUCAUCCGGUUGGCCACUGCUCAUGCCAAGGCCCGGAUGAGCAAGACCAUUGAACUGCAGGAUGCAGAAGAUGCUGUGGAGCUGGUCCAGUAUGCUUACUUCAAGAAGGUCUUAGAAAAAGAGAAGAAGCGAAAGAAACGAAGUGAGGAUGAAUCGGAGACAGAGGAUGAGGAGGACCAAAUGCAGGAUGGCCAUGAGCAGAGAAAGAAGAAGAGGAAGGUUGAUGCCUCAGAAGGGAAAGAAGGGGACUCUUAUGAUCCCUAUGACUUCAGUGAUACAGAAGAGGAAAUGCCCCAGGUGCAUACUCCAAAAAUGCCUGAACCACAAGAAUCCAAAGAGGGCCAGAAGACAGAGUUGACUGAAUCCAGGUUGAAGGCAUUCAAAGUUGCCCUCCUGGAAGUGUUCCGGGCAGCCCACGCCCAGUCUGUGGGUAUGAAUCAUCUUACAGAAUCCAUCAACCAGGACAAUGAAUCGCCAUUUUCCCCAGCUGAGGUCCAGGCCGCAUUGAGCAAGAUGCAGGACGAUAACCAGGUCAUGGUCUCCGAUGACAUCAUUUUCCUCAUCUGAGUCUGCUGUCUCCCAGACAAGGGGGGACUUAUCUUUAAAACUGUUUUUGUUCAAGAAAAGUUUUUUCAUCCCUUCCUCACUUCCAUUUCCUGUGUAUCUAUCUGUGUAUAUCCCUUCUUCUAGCCUUCCUCCAUUGACUUAUUAUGUUGCCCAGGACUGCUGUACGGAAACAGAGAGCCUUGGUGGAUCCCAGUGAAGUUAAAACUGGACUUAGGGGAAAAGCUUUAAAGAUGGAACCUCUUCCUGUCACUGUGGGGCAACAGGGGAGGGGUGGAAGAAAAAAUCCUGCAACCCUGAGUUCUUAAACAAGCUACUUCGUCUCAUUGAGGGAGGAAAAAGUCCUCUGGCCUUUGUUUUGUGCAAGUCAACGAUGUCACCAGUGAUGCUUGACUUGUUGGUGGAGCUCCUGCGUUGUUGUGGUCCAUUUCUAUUGAAAUCUGCUGGUUGAGUUUUUAGACUUCAUCUAAAUUAAAUGCACUGACUGUCCCUGCAUCACAUUUGGGUUGCUGUCCCAGUUUGAAGACCCGAUUUUUACUUGUUUGAAAUAGUACAGGAGAUAAUUUCCUAAGUUAGUUGGUUAAGUAUACUUCCAAAACAAUCCAGUGGUUUGAGAGCAAAAAUACAUUCUUUUUUCCUUCUCCGGAAUCAUCUAGUUGAAUCAUUUUGAUAAUGAUUUACUUGUAAGCCUGAAUUACUUGUAAGCUCCCCUCCCCUCCUUUCGCCCUAAUGUGUAUGUACCUGUGCAUUAUUUUUCCUUUCCAAAAAAUUUUUGUGUUGAA